GACCAGACCAAUGCAGGAGGAUGCCCGGAGACCGAAGGGACUGAGAAGAUGGUGUAUUCUCUUGAGAUGUCCGGCGUCCCGCUGGACCAGAACCAGUUCUGCUGCUCGGUGUGUCUGGACCUGCUGAAGGAGCCGGUCACCGUCCCCUGUGGACACAGUUACUGCAGAAGCUGCAUCGAGGACUGCUGGGACCAGGAGGACAAGAAGGGACAGUACAGCUGUCCUCAGUGCCGGGAGACGUUCAGCCCGAGGCCGGUUCUGAGGAGGAACACCAUGCUGGCUGAGUUGGUGGAGAAGCUGAAGCUGAGCGGCCCCCGGCAGCCCUCUGCUCCUCUGGCCCGCGCCGGCCCACAAGAUGUGGCCUGUGAUUUCUGCAGCGGCGCCGGACCCAACAAAGCCGCCAUGUCGUGCCUGACGUGCAUGGCGUCCUACUGCCCGGCUCACCUGGAGCCUCACCGCAGCGUCCCCGUGUUGAAGAAGCACGAGCUGGUCUCCGUCAGCGUCCCGCUGCAGGAAAAGAUGUGCGCGAAGCACAACAAGCUGAUGGAGGUCUACUGUCGGACGGACGGGAAGUGCAUCUGCUACCUGUGCGUUAUUGAUGAGCACAAGGGCCACAAUACGUUGUCGUCUGCGUCAGAGAGGGCGGAGGAGCAGAAUCAACUGCUCGCGAGUCAAAAGAGAGUCCAGCAGAGGUUCCAGGAGAGGGGGAUGGAGCAGGAGGCGCUGCUAAAACUUCUGAUGGAUUUUAAGAGUUCUAUCGAGCCCGCAGAGGAGACCUGUGACGAGAUCUUCGAUCAGAUGAUCCUCUCCGUCAACAAACGCCGCUGGGAGGCGAAGCAGCUGAUCGGCGCCCAGCGGGAGGCGGUGGUCACUCGGGCCGAAAAGCUGCAGCUGCAGCUGGAGACGGAGAUCAGUGACAUGAAGAAGAGGGACAGCGACCUGGAGCAGCUGUCUCACACGGACGACCACAUCCACUUCAUUCAGACCUUCCAGUCCCUCUCCGCCUUCUGCGAAUCUGCAGACUUGCCACCUGUGUUGGUCUUCUGUCCUCAACACUCAUUGUUGAAGCCUGUGACCGACUGCCUGUCUAAACUGAGGGAUGACAUGGAGAGCCUUCUGAAGGACGCGUGGCCCACAGUCAAUGCCGCAGUGUCUGCUAUAGAAGUUGUGUCACCUGUGCCAAAGACCAGAGAGGACUUUCUACGCUAUUGCUGUCCUUUGACCCUGGACAGGAACGCCAUAUCCCAAUAUUUGACCAUUUCACAAGACAACAGACGGGCGACGAGUACUUAUGUUGAUCGUUAUCAGUAUGAUGGUCUUGGUCUUUAUAGUGGCAGUUAUUGUAAUCAACAGCUAAUACACCCCAUUCAACACCCAGUUCCGAUCAUGCAGGUGUCGUGCAGUGAGGGCUUGUCAGAGCGGUGCUACUGGGAGGUCAGUUGGAGUGGUUAUUCUUGGUCUGUGGGAGUGUGCUACAAAGACCGCAGGUCAAAGAACCUGGUGUUCGGAACAGAUACCCAGUCCUGGAGUUUAACUUGUUCCCGAAAUUCGUUCUCUUUCCAACACAACAACAAAAGAAUUGCGUUGGUACGUUGUUCCACCUCCAGCGUCGGCGUGUACCUGGAUUAUCAACUAGGUGCUCUCUCUUUUUAUGACCUCUCCAAACCGAUGACUCUGCUCCACGAAGAACACAUUAAGUUCACUGAGCCGGUCCAUCCUUGCUUUGAGCUGAAGAGCAGUGCAUCUCAGACCAAUCUUACAGGACAUUUUAUAGAAGUGGGUAAGUUAUGGUGAUAACAUUUACAUUGGGGAUGUAAAUGUUCCCCUGCUGAUCGGGCAUUAGUCGGCUGCCUAGUAAACACCAUAUAGUUAAUGAGAGGAUGAUAUUACAAGAACAAAGACCUUUGAAUCAACUCUUAAAUCCCGCCUUGUCCCUCUUAAAGGUCCUGCCGCUUUUCAAAAGGCAAAGUAAGUUUGUUUCUACAGUGAUUCCGUGGUUUUCAUGGAAACAGAAGAGGCACCAGAAUGGAGCUUUGGGGAACUCUGGGUGUUUUUCUCGGCUUGCAUGAUGCUGUUUAGUCACACCCAGUUUUCAACUCUGCCUCGAGAUCUAAUAAUAGUGAGAAAGGAAUGCUGCCCCGUCAUUGUUUAAGGGGAUUUAAUUGAAGACAAGAGCAGUACUUCGAUGACGAAUCAAGUUCUAAUUUUGAGCUCCUGUUUUCUCUGUAGCUUUUCAGCGCCGGCAGGAAAUUUGGCCAGAAAUACUGGCAGGUUCAUGGCCAUUUAUUUAGAUUUUGAAGCAUUUAUGUGAUGAAGAAUAUGUUUUGGAUCCAUUCGUUAAUAAAUGCAUAUGCAGCACC